GGGCUGGAUGCUGAGCGCGGGGACGCUAACCGCCGCCAUGUUGUUGUGGGGAAGGCGCUGAGUUUUUGUCGGAACAAAAAACGGAGAGAAAGCCCCGGAAGGCCGCCUACAUUAACCCGAGCCCGUUCCCGUGGAAUGAAUAUACCUCCAUGUGUGCUCCUGGGUAUGAAUGAAGUGGCCUGGCAGCAGGACUCGGCGCGGAUGAUGCAUGGAGGCGGAGGAAGCAGCGGAGGGGGUGCUCCUCCGGGCGGCAGUGGGAUGGUGCUGAGUGCCGCUGUUGCUGGCGCCACUCUGGGGCCUGGUGCUGCCCCCACUGUGGUGUCCAGCAACCCCGGAGUCCAGCCCCCUCUCAGCGGCCGAUCCCAAGACGACGCCACUGUGGGUUAUUUCUUCCAGAGGCAGCCGGGGGAGCAACUGGGCACCUACUCAAGCAAACACCGUUGGCCCACGGGGGAUGGGGUCCAUGUUGAACAUCAGGUUCGAUCUGUGAAUGAGAUGAAUCAUGACUUUCAAGCUCUUGCACUGGAGGGCCGGGGAAUGGGAGAACUUCUACCUGCUAAGAAAUUCUGGGAGUCUGAUGAUCCAGCAAAGGAAGGCCAAAAAGGGAUAUUCCUUGGAGAUGAAUGGAGAGACACUGCAUGGGGAGGAACUCACCACACUGUGUCACAGCCUAUCAUGGUACAGAGAAGACCUGGUCAAGGUUUUCAUGGAAGCAAUGAAGUCAGCUCUGUUCUUUCUCCCCGUUCAGAAAGUGGUGGGCUCGGAGUAAGCAUGGUGGAGUAUGUGUUGAGAUCUUCACCUGGAGAUAAACUGGACUCUCGUUUUAGAAAAGGGCCAUUUGGUGCGGGAGACACUGAGACUGAUGAGAAUGAGAAGGCUGAUCAGAAAGGGAAAUCAUCACCAUUCGAGGAAGAUAAAAAUAGAGAUCUGAAACAAGGAGAUGAUGAUAUUUCCAAAGCUAAUGGGCUAGUUUUGCAGAAUGGAAUAGAUGCAGACUGCAAGGACUUCAAGCUGCACAGCCGAACUCCUGGAAGCCGUCAAGCCUCUCCCACUGAAGUGGCUGAACGCCUGGGUCCUAACCAGAACACUUCAGAAGGUUUAGGCCAAUUGGCCAAUGCCACAGCAAGUAAACCACCUGGAGAAGAGUUUCAUAAUUCUGACUCUCAGACUUUAGACACCAUUGAGGCUGCAGUUAGCCUAAAUCACUUACAGUUUGACUAUUCGGGCAAUCAAGUAUCCAUGGACUCAUCAGCUGCUGUAGGUCUUUUUGACUACAGCUCCCAGCAUCAGCUCUUCCAACGGCAAAAUGCAAUGACGGUACAACAGCUAACUGCAGCCCAACAGCAACAGUACGCAUUGGCGGCAGCCCAGCAGCCGCAUAUAGCAGGUGUGUUUUCCGCAGGCCUUGCUCCAGCUGCCUUUAUGCCAAACCCAUACAUUAUCAGUACAGCUCCACCGGGCACAGAUCCUUACACUGCAGCAGGACUGGCUGCAGCAGCUACUUUAGCAGGCCCUACAGUUGUCCCCCCUCAGUAUUAUGGAGUUCCAUGGAGCGUGUAUCCAGCCAAUCUGUUCCAACAGCAAACAGCUGCACCAUCUGCAAAUAAUACUGCCAACCAGCAAGCUGCAACACAGGCACAACAAGGGCAACAACAAGUAUUGCGUGGCGGAAGUCAGCGUCCAUUGACACCAAGUCAGAGUCAACAAAGCCAACAAGCUGAUUCAUUGGCAGCAGCUGCUGCUGGCAAUCCAGCUUUAGCUUUCAGUCAAGGUCUUGCUACAGGAAUGCCAGGUUAUCAAGUCUUAGCCCCAGCUGCCUACUAUGAUCAAACUGGUGCCUUAGUGGUGGGCCCUGGAGCAAGGACUGGAUUAGGGACACCAGUUAGGCUGGUGGCUUCAACACCUGUUAUCAUCAGCUCUGCAGCGGCACAAGCUGCUGCAGCAGCUUCAGCUAGUGGGACAGCAAGCAAUAUAGCAGCAGCAGCAGCAGCAAAUGGCCUCUUCCGUCCAAUUGGAACACAGCAACAACAGCAGCAACAACAGAACAACAACUUGCAAUCAAACUCAUUUUAUGGCAAUAGCUCCUUGUCAAAUAGUUCUCAGAGCAGUUCUUUGUUCUCUCAUGGGCCAGGUCAGCCAGGCAACACAUCACUUGGCUUUGGAAGCAGUAACUCUCUGGGUGCUGCUAUUGGCUCAGCGCUUGGGGGAUUUGGAUCAGCAGUUAGUGGUUCUGGAAGCAGCAGUGUAUCUAGAAGAGAUUCAUUGUCUACCAGCUCUGAUUUGUACAAACGGCCCAAUAGCAGUCUGGCUCCAAUAGGUCAGCAGUUCUACAGUGGCCUGGGAUUCUCCUCUUCGCCUGGUCCAAUUGGCAUGCCCCUUCCUAGCCAAACUCCUAGUCACUCUUUGACACCACCUCCAUCCCUCUCAUCGCAUGGGUCUUCAUCCAGUCUUCAUCUUGGUGGACUGACAAAUGGCAGUGGUCGAUUCAUCUCUGCAGCACCUGGUGCUGAAGCUAAAAGUCGCAGUGGGAUUAGCUCAUCAAGUCUGUUCAGUUCAAGCAGCCAGCUGUUUCCUCCUUCACGUCUUCGCUACAGUAGAUCUGACAUCAUGCCUUCAGGUCGUAGCAGGCUGCUGGAAGACUUCAGAAACAACCGGUUCCCGAAUCUUCAACUACGUGACCUGGUUGGUCACAUAGUUGAAUUCUCCCAGGACCAACAUGGCUCCAGAUUCAUCCAGCAAAAAUUAGAGCGAGCCACUCCUGCUGAACGCCAGAUGGUUUUCAGUGAGAUCCUGCAAGCAGCAUAUCAGUUAAUGACUGAUGUAUUUGGAAAUUAUGUAAUACAAAAAUUCUUUGAGUUUGGAAGCUUGGAUCAGAAGCUAGCUUUAGCUCAGCGAAUUCGUGGCCAUGUUUUACCCUUGGCCCUACAGAUGUAUGGUUGUCGUGUUAUUCAGAAGGCAUUAGAAUCCAUAUCAGCAGACCAGCAGGUAAUUAAUGAUAUGGUAAAGGAGCUGGAUGGUCACGUUUUAAAAUGUGUUAAGGACCAAAAUGGAAACCACGUUGUUCAAAAGUGCAUCGAGUGUGUACAACCUCAGUCACUCCAGUUCAUUAUUGAUGCUUUUAAAGGACAGGUUUUUGUUUUGUCAACUCAUCCUUAUGGUUGUCGGGUUAUUCAGCGUAUUUUGGAGCACUGUACUCCUGAUCAGACUCUUCCAAUCCUGGAGGAAUUGCAUCAACACACCGAGCAGUUAGUGCAGGAUCAAUACGGAAAUUAUGUCAUCCAGCAUGUUUUGGAGCAUGGGCGCGCUGAAGAUAAGAGUAAGAUUGUUGCCGAGAUAAGGGGAAAGGUUCUUGCUCUAAGUCAGCAUAAAUUUGCCAGCAAUGUUGUUGAGAAGUGUGUCACCCAUGCCUCUCGUGCUGAACGUGCUUUAUUGAUUGAUGAGAUCUGCUGCCAGAAUGAUGGUCCCCAUAGUGCCUUAUACACGAUGAUGAAAGAUCAGUACGCCAACUAUGUCGUUCAGAAAAUGAUUGAUGUAGCAGAACCUGCACAGCGUAAAAUUAUUAUGCAUAAGAUUCGACCUCACAUUACAACCCUGCGGAAAUACACUUAUGGAAAACAUAUCUUAGCCAAACUGGAAAAGUAUUACAUGAAGAACAGCACUGAUCUGGGGCCAAUUGGAGGACCACCAAAUGGAAUGUUGUAAAUUAAUUGAUGUGCACAGAAAAACUGUUGAAAGCUAUUUUGCUUAAAUAUUGGUUGUGCCAGAUCAGAUAGACUUCAAACACAACUUAACUUUUAAUUAUUGCAAACUGUCUUUUUCAUUAAUUAUGAAUUGUGUAUUUAACCAAAUAACUCUACUUCCACAAAUAAAUAUGUCCCAAGUUUGUACGCAUUUUGUUUCUCCUUAAAGUACCUUUGCUGGAAGUUUAUUUGAAAAUCAGUAGCAAAAUAUAGAAUAUAUGACUUUAAUGUAAUAUUAUCAAACUAAUUUGUGUUUUGUAAAUUAAAUCUUGGAAAGAGCAAAAUGUUUUUAGUCUGUAAAUUAAUCACUCUGAUAGUUUUAAGUAGUUGUGCAUAUCAAAGUUCUCAGGUCCAGUAGAUUUAAACUUUGAGGAGAAGCUGCUUGAAUUACCACAUUAAACAAUGUUUGUUAUUUAAUUAAAGUUAAGUUGUGUUUCAGCAAAUUAUUUUUUGCAACAGUAUUGAAAUAGCACAACAGUUAUGGUCUGUUAAAAUUGUAAUUCAGGGAAGGUUUAAAUGACAGGCUGAUGUGUAAUGUAACUCCAGAUGUUUACUUGGACAUGUCAAUACUCAAUAGGUUUUAUUUUUUGAAUGAAACACUGCCCCGAUUUUCUAUUUCAGUGCUGUAUAGAAGUGUUGUACAUACAUAUGUAUUUAACUAUUGUACAAGGGGACAGUAAGGAAUCAUGAUGGUACACAUACCUAAAUAUACAAAUUGUCUGAAAAGUUUUUUUUUGCUAGAUUUGGCUUUUCAGUCUAUUUUGCAAAGAGUUGAGGGGAAUUUGUAUUUUUGCAUACCUAAAUUAAGAACGUUUAUGAAGGUGUGGUGUUUAUAGUUUUACUUUCUCGAUUUAAGAAUUUGGCGAUCUUGAGCAGAUUUGAAUAUUAAGGGGCCAUUGAAGAAUAAGCUUGAUAGCUCACCAUUACGCAUGCAAAAUUAAUUAAGUAGACUUUGUUUUGCUAUAAAUAUGUAGUGUAUACGUGUAGACUUUGCAAUUUAUAGGUGUAAGUUUACAGUUUGAAAAAUUAAGAUUUAUUGUUUGUGUUUAAUUACAUGCUUGACUAACUUAGUAAUGCAUAGUUUGGUUGUACAGUUGUACAUUUGUAAACCUGAUGCUGUAAAUGUUAAAAUGUCUUUUACCCUUCAGAAAAGUUUGCAUUUUAGUAUAUAUUCACUUACUCCUUUGCCCUAGCAUAGUGUUGUAUAAUGUAAAUUUCUUUUAAUCAAGAUUUUUUAAAAAUUGUAUCUUUAUAUGGCUUAAACAUUAAACUUGUCUUCUUUUAUCAGUUAGGGCAGUAGGUUCUGUUUAUAAGUGUAACUGUUGAAAUUCUGUUAAUAUGGUAAUUUUUGAAAACUUUACAGGUGUAACGUGCAAGUAAAAGUUGUUUGUAGUCAAAUUGAAAAGUUUGGACUAAAACAUGUAGUUACCAUGGAAACCAGAUGUUCUGUCCAUCUCUUAAAAGUGACAUGAUCUUUUUUGUACAGAAGAAUACUGUAUUUUGGAAUUGUUUUACCUAAAUGUACGUGGAAGUAUGUAUGAUAUUGUCAAUUUUUUCAUUUGAACAUAAGGUUGUAACACUACAAAUAGAUGAUGUACAUUUUACAGGAGGCCUUAUGUACAUUUCCUGAUGACAUUUGCAGGCAGAAUUGUAACCAUAUGUGUGUAAUUAACAGUUAUUUGUAUUCUUUUCCUCUGGAAAUAUUUUGAAAUAUGCUUUGUAUAUUCAGUUCCUGAAAGAUAAAAGAUUGUGCAUUGUAUUUUGAUCCUCGAAAGUCAGUAUUUUGUAUAAACAGAAUGGCUUGUGGAUUUGGAACAAUCUGAAAUUAUUUAUCUUGAGACCUUUGCACGUGAUGUCCUUAGCAUUGAAGAGAUAAAAGUUGUUUGUAUUAGGGCUGUGCAGUCAGAUUUUUUUUUAAAUGAACUAAAGCAUCAGUGAAUUUAAAUUAUUCAAUGCUAUAAAGCUUUCAUAUUUUGAGUAUUUUAUAUUAAUUUGUGCAGUUUUUUUCCCUGCUACAUCAUCUAGCUUUUUCAAUCUGAUAUUAAGUGGUACAGUGGCACUUGACUUGCCAUUUUUCAAAUUGUUUGGCAGUAUUUAUAUCUUCCAAGAACUGCAAAAAGUGUAUCAUCAGGAAAGAUCAUUUUGGCCAUGUUUGGCUGUUAACCUACUGUAUGCAUAAAGUCAGUAGGUUGGUUUUGGCACGGCCCUAGUUUCCAUGGCAACUGUUUAUUUGUUGUGUAAAGGAGGUCGCUUUGUGAGAUUGUACUCUGGUUUUAGCUUGAGAAGUGGAGUUUGGGUGAAAAUGCAGAUCAAGAAAUUUAAAAUUAGCAUUGAUAACAAAUGGAACAAAACCACUAGGUAUUUUACUGAUAUUUCCUGAAAUAUGAAUUGUUGCUGGACCAUUUUUAUCUUGUGUUUAAUCAGGUCUGCCACCUGACUCCUUGGCAAUUAAGAUGGAGUAAUGUUAUAUUCAUUUAUUUGUAUAUGCUGUAUACAAAAAGAAAAAAAAGUGUGAAUAACAUAUGAAAUAAACCUGUUGUGU